AUGUCAGGAGACGAGAAACUACAGAAGCGUCCCGCAGAGGACUCUGAAUCGGAGGAUGAGGAUGUAGAGGAGGAGGUCAUACCUAAGGUCGAGAUAGAUCCGUCCACGCUUACCCCUCUAUCACCAGAAGUUAUCUCAAAACAGGCAACAAUAAAUCUGGGAACCAUCGGGCAUGUCGCUCAUGGUAAAUCAACUGUGGUGAAGGCGAUCUCUGGUGUACAGACUGUUCGAUUCAAGAAUGAGCUUGUUCGAAAUAUCACAAUUAAGCUUGGUUAUGCCAAUGCCAAAAUCUACAAAUGCGAAAAUCCCGCCUGUCCGAGGCCCGGAUGCUAUCGCUCGUACCGAUCUGACAAAGAGGAUCAACCCCCAUGUGAACGGCCAGGAUGUGGGCAUCGCAUGAAGCUCAUUCGCCAUGUCUCAUUCGUCGAUUGCCCCGGUCACGAUAUUCUGAUGGCCACCAUGUUGAACGGUGCCGCCGUCAUGGAUGCCGCUCUCCUUCUCAUCGCCGGUAACGAAACGUGCCCGCAACCCCAAACCUCGGAACAUCUCGCCGCAGUAGAAAUCAUGAAACUAGAGAAUAUCAUUAUCUUACAGAACAAGGUCGACUUGAUCAAGGAAGCGCAGGCGCUGGAGCACCAGAAGAGCAUCAGCUCUUUCGUGAAAGGAACUGUCGCCGAGAACUCGCCCAUUGUUCCAAUAUCAGCCCAGCUAAAAUACAACAUCGACGCCGUGAACGAGUAUAUCGUCAAGCGUAUACCUAUUCCUAUCCGCGAUUUCACAUCCGACCCUCGCCUCAUCGUCAUUCGGUCGUUCGACGUCAACAAACCCGGUGCCGAGGUGGAUGAGCUCAAGGGUGGUGUUGCCGGUGGUUCGAUUCUCACCGGUGUCCUCAAGCUUGGUCAGGAAGUCGAGAUACGCCCCGGAAUUGUCACGAAAGACAGCGCGGGGAAGACCAAGUGCCAGCCCAUCUUCAGCAGGAUUAUGUCACUACACGCAGAAAAUAAUUUGCUGCAGUUCGCCGUCCCGGGUGGCUUAAUUGGUGUUGGGACAAGAAUUGACCCUACCCUCUGCCGUGCCGAUCGUCUUGUCGGUCAAGUACUGGGUGCAGUAGGCAAGCUCCCAAAAAUCUACACCGAACUCGAAAUCAGUCUCUUCCUUCUCCGCCGACUACUCGGUGUGAAAACAGAAGACAAAAAGCAAACCAAAGUCACCAAGCUCGUCAAGAACGAACUCCUCCUCGUCAACAUCGGCUCAACAUCCACUGGUGGCCGCGUUCUCAGCGUGAAAGCCGACCUGGCGAAGAUCCAGCUGACGUCGCCUGCUUGCACGGAGGUGGGAGAGAAAGUCGCGCUGUCCCGACGAAUUGAGAAGCAUUGGCGGCUUGUCGGAUGGGGGAGUGUGCAACGUGGUACUGUGCUGGAAGUGGAAAGUCGCUGA